GGCCCGCGCCAAGUAGCCAGUCUGUUGGGGUGUGACAACGACGACCUAAUAUUCACCAGUGGCGGAACGGAAGCUAAUAACCAUGCCAUCAAAGGGGUUGCCAUUGCCUACCGAGCGCGCGGCAACCACAUCAUCACUUCGGCAGUUGAGCAUCCGGCCGUUACCGAGGUUUGCCACUACCUGGAGGGUCAGGGCUUCCGAGUAACCUAUCUUCCAGUGGACGAGUACGGAAUAGUGGAAGUGAGCCAAGUAGAGGAAGCGCUCACUGAAGAGACUCUGCUGGUUACCAUAAUGCACGCCAACAACGAAGUUGGCACCAUAGAGCCGAUCGCUGAAAUAGCCCAGGCAGCCCAUCGGUGUGGCGCCCUGGUUCAUGCGGACUGCGCCCAAUCAGUCGGUAAGAUACCAGUGAAGGUGGAUGACCUGGGAGUGGACUUGCUGUCCAUCGCUGGACACAAGCUCUAUGCGCCCAAGGGUAUCGGCGCCCUCUACAUAAGGCCAGGAGUUAAGCUGGAAAAGCUGAUGCACGGCGCCAAUCACGAGCAAAACCGACGGGCUGGCACAGAGAACGUCAUAGAGAUGGCGGGCUUGGGUAUGGCAUGUGAGUUAAUUGAACUGAAACUCCCGGCGUAUGCCGGUCACAUGCGUCAGAUGAGGGACCGGCUUGAACAGGGUUUGCAGGGACUGAACUGCGACGUGAGAAUAAACGGCCAUCCGGAUAAGCGAUUGCCCAACACUACCAGCGUCAGCUUCAGGGGCCUCGAGGCGGACCGGUUAUUGGCCAACCUGCUGACGGUGGCCGCCUCCGCCGGGGCCGCCUGCCACAGUGACCAGGUUGAAGUGUCCCACGUAUUGGCCGCUAUGAACGUUCCAUUGGAAUAUGCCAUGGGAAACUUUGCGCUUUUCCGUGGGACGCUAUACCACCUUGGAAGAAAUCGACCGGGCGGUGGCCGAGGUUGGAGACGUGGUUGGCGAGUUGACCAGCGUCCAGGCAACCGCCGACUGAAAAUCACCAACAAGGAGCAUGAGUGUUCCCAGACUCGCCUGGCCUUUAUGUCUUGUCACCCAUUUGGAAGAGAAGUUUAG